AUGGCUGCUAGUAUCGACUCCCCGGCCUGGACCUUCGGCCUGAAUCCCACGGUUCCAGGACCUCGUGUGCCCGGACCGGGAACAUACAACGUUGCGGGGAGCCUCGAUGGAGGCUCAGCGGGAACCUUUUUCUCUCCCAUUGGGGCGAAGCCGACGUGCCCUCGAACGGACGUCAAGCGAUUAGUUUUCGGCAUAGAACGGGAAGGCAGGGACAAACCAGGACCUGGAGCAUACGACGUCACCAAGAAUCGGCCACUUAGAUGGAACGUGUCUCCUAGAGAUCGAAAGCACCAAACCCCACGGUUCCCGGUCUCAAGCCCGGCAACAGAUGCGGGUCCUGGCGCGUACAUAUCUUCAGAGUUUGCUGGCAAGGGCCCAGCAUACUCCAUGCCCUCGAGGUCGCCUACGACCCUCGACACGCCGGAGAGCCCCGGGCCUGGUCAAUACGUCCACGUCCAGCUAAGCGUCGGGCGAGGGGAGAAUGGCGCGGGGGAAGGAUUUGGCAAGCGGGACAGCCCAAGGUUUGCCACCGAAGCAACGCCCACCCCGGGUCCUGGAGAGUACCAGUCCCCCGCCUUCAACCCUCAGCUGGGCAAGAACAUCACGUUCGGCAGAAACCUUCGACCCGCUGGCUGGUCCGCCCGAAUCAAGGAGAUCACGCGGUUCGCGUGCGAGCUUGACGGCGACAACGACGACGACGACGACUGUGACGGUGAUCAACAAUGGAGCGGCGGUUGGCGGCGGGUGGGGCGUUUCCGGGCGCCGCUGCAUCACCACCGUCGAGAGUCGGCGGAGCGGGAGACGAUCAUCGCCCGCCUCCGCCGCCGCCCUUCGUCGGCCCCGCCUUCGUCCCGCUUCCGCCGCGCCUGCGCGCGAGGGAGGAGACUCGACCGCACGGCCGACGGCGGCGGCGGCGGCGGCGAUAGGACAGAAAAGAAACAACAACGUGGUGGGACCGCCAACGGCAGCAGCAGCAGCAGUAGCACGUGCCGCCGCCCGCGUUUCAUCGCGGACGUGGUGAAAGAGGCCGGGCGCAGGAAACGGGCUAAAUCGGCGGCGGCAAUGUCUGCGAAGAUAACCGGGGUCGGGGCAUCACCGUCGAAGAGACGGAGCCGCGAGACCGCCACCGGCAGGGGGUCGUCGAUGGGGACCGCCCCGCAGAGACCGCCGGACGCGGCGCCGAGCCCCGGCCCGUCGUCGUACCUCCCCGCCACCCUCGACGAGACCGCUCGCGAUGGCAAGGUCGUCGGCAUCGGCGGCAGAUCGAAGGACUCGGCCCCGAGGCCCGGCGUCGGGGACUACGACCUCAGGGCAGCCGAGGCCGCCGCCGCCGGCUCGUCGACGGCCGUCCCCCCGACCCUCGGGCGCAAGCCCACGGGGGCCCCGUACGACCCGGCUCUCAGCCGCUACCUCUUCCGCGACGACGGCCGCGUCACCCCCAGUGCCCACGCCUACCGCCCGGAGUCCGCCACGGGGGGCGGCGGCGACGGCGGAUUGGCCGGUCAGGCGGCGGCGCCCCCGGCGUGGUCGUUCGGGGGCAAGCGGCCGACUCCCAGACCCCCGGACGGCCCCGGACCGGGCAAGUUCAGGCCUCCUUACAACAACGAGACCGAUCCCUGCUGCUCGUCUUCUCCGGCUGGGGUGAGGUUUGGGGCCGGACGCGAGGACAUGUCCGGCAGCGUUUCGGGAGUUCCGUGGGUGGAGGCGGAGGAGAGGGCGGCGCGGGGGGAGGCGGGCGGCCGGAGCGCGAGGCUGUACCUCCCCGAGAGGGACCGCAUGGGCUCGAGAGCGUUCAUGCGCUCGAGGCAAUUGCCAAGGCCAGGGACCCGAGGGCCUCGGUAG